AGGAUGCCAGGGAGGCUUCGGGCCGUGGAACUGGAGAAGCGGCUCCACGUGGCUGCUGUUUAUUUCACAACUUUGUUCCUGUAUUGAAUACUUGGUGAUUGGGAGAGCCUCAAACACGGCUGUCAAAGCAGCUCUGCUUAUAAAAGUGGAGGAAUUUUGUAUUUCCCAGGUGGGACCCUGCAGUGACUUCCUGCCUUGUGACCACACACCCCAGGCUUGACAAAGCUGUUCUGCAGAUCAGAAAGACCAGGGUUUCUGAUCAGACACCAGCACCACCAAGAACAGUUUUUCUACAAGAUCUGUCACCUAAAGCACUGAAAAAUGGCCCGAGGAUCAGUGUCCGAGGAGGAGAUGAUGGAGCUCAGAGAGGCUUUUGCCAAAGUUGACACUGAUGGCAAUGGAUACAUCAGCUGCAAUGAGUUGAAUGACUUGUUCAAGGCUGCCUGCUUGCCUCUGCCUGGGUACAGAGUAAGAGAAAUCACAGAAAACCUGAUGGCCACGGGUGAUCUGGACCAGGAUGGGAAGAUCAGCUUUGAUGAGUUUAUCAAGGUUUUCCAUGGCCUAAAAAGCACUGAGGUUGCCAAAACGUUUCGAAAAGCAAUCAAUAAGAAGGAAGGGAUCUGUGCCAUUGGUGGUACCUCAGAGCAGUCUAGCGUGGGCACCCAGCAUUCCUACUCAGAGGAAGAAAAGUAUGCCUUCGUCAAUUGGAUAAACAAAGCCCUGGAGAAUGAUCCAGACUGUCGGCAUGUCAUCCCCAUGAACCCCAACACCGAUGACCUCUUCAAUGCUGUUGGGGACGGCAUUGUGCUUUGUAAAAUGAUCAAUCUAUCAGUGCCAGACACAAUUGAUGAAAGAACAAUCAACAAGAAGAAACUCACGCCUUUCACCAUUCAGGAAAACUUGAACUUGGCUCUGAACUCUGCCUCAGCCAUUGGGUGCCAUGUGGUUAAUAUAGGGGCUGAGGACCUGAAGGAGGGGAAGCCUUAUCUGGUCCUGGGACUUCUGUGGCAAGUCAUCAAGAUUGGGUUGUUUGCUGACAUUGAACUCAGUAGAAAUGAAGCUCUGAUUGCUCUUUUGAGAGAAGGAGAGAGCCUGGAGGAUUUGAUGAAGCUAUCUCCUGAAGAUCUCCUGCUGCGGUGGGCUAAUUACCACCUGGAGAAUGCAGGCUGCACCAAAAUCAGCAAUUUUAGCACUGACAUCAAGGACUCAAAAGCUUAUUACCACCUGCUUGAGCAGGUGGCUCCAAAAGGCGAUGAGGAAGGUAUACCUGCUGUUGUUAUUGACAUGUCAGGACUACGGGAGAAGGAUGACAUCCAGAGGGCAGAAUGCAUGCUGCAGCAGGCAGAGAGGUUGGGCUGUCGGCAGUUUGUCACAGCCACAGAUGUUGUCCGAGGGAACCCCAAGUUGAACCUGGCUUUCAUUGCCAAUCUCUUUAACAAAUACCCUGCCUUGCACAAACCAGAGAACCAGGACAUCGACUGGGGUGCUCUCGAAGGUGAGACGAGAGAAGAGCGGACCUUUAGGAACUGGAUGAACUCCCUGGGCGUUAACCCUCGAGUCAAUCAUUUGUACAGUGACUUAUCGGAUGCCCUGGUCAUCUUCCAGCUCUAUGAAAAGAUCAAAGUCCCUGUCGACUGGAACAGAGUAAACAAACCUCCAUACCCCAAGCUGGGAGGUAAUAUGAAGAAGCUUGAGAACUGUAAUUAUGCAGUGGAACUGGGGAAGAAUCAAGCUAAAUUCUCCUUGGUUGGCAUUGGCGGACAGGAUCUCAACGAAGGAAACCGCACUCUGACGUUAGCCUUGAUUUGGCAGCUAAUGAGAAGGUACACACUGAAUAUCCUGGAAGAAAUUGGUGGUGGGCAGAAGGUCAAUGAUGACAUUAUUGUCAGCUGGGUGAAUGAAACAUUGAAGGAGGCAAGGAAAAGUUCAUCCAUCUCUAGCUUCAAGGACCCAAAGAUUAGUACCAGCCUUCCGGUUCUGGACCUCAUUGAUGCCAUUCAACCAGGUUCCAUUAAUUAUGACCUUCUGAAGACAGAAAACCUGGAUGAUGAAGAGAAACUCAACAAUGCAAAAUAUGCCAUCUCUAUGGCCCGAAAAAUCGGAGCAAGAGUAUACGCCCUUCCAGAAGACCUGGUUGAAGUGAACCCCAAAAUGGUCAUGACAGUCUUUGCCUGCCUCAUGGGAAAAGGGAUGAAGAGGGUGUAAGGCCCAGAAGAGCAAGCCAGAGGGUGGCACACUCAAUCCUCAGUGCCCACCACAGGGUGCUCCAGGAUGCAGAGGACCGUUUGAGCCAUUCCAAAGUUUUCAACCUGGAGACAUUAUACAUUUCAAAAAGUGCAUAUAUGUUCAGCCAAGUAGCCUCUCUUGUACUUAACAAAACAUGCUUCUCUCUCUAUUUUUCCCCUAGAAGAGCCAAUCUCUUAAAGAUUUUUUUGUUCUUUGAAAUUUUACCAGAAAAAUAAUGAAAAUAAAUUCUUUUCCAGAUACCUUUUCUGCUUUUGCUGGUUGUCAAGGAUAAAAACUGCAGUGUCCCUAUUUUUUUUAAUUAAUCUUCCAAACCAGUUUGAUCUAGAUGCCUUUUUGCUUAUUCAGAGUGAAGACCUGAAGGGCUCAUCAAACCUGUCUUAAAUAAAGCCUGUUGGCACAGGCCAACAUCAGACAGUCACAAGCUUCUUGAGUCCCUGUCUCCAAGUCUGUCUCCCUAUGAGUUUCUCCAGCCCCUCAGAACUAUGCCUGCUCCGUUGCCCCCCCCCCCGGUCAUCCUUGUCUGUAAGCAACUUGGGGCAUCUGACAAAUCAGUCAGGCUCCAGGCAUCCCAAGCAUCCUUGACAGCCUGAAAAACUAGGGAUACAAAGCAGGUGUAAUAAAUAAGAAAACCACUAAGGGGCAGUGUGGAGCAAUCACCAAGCACCUACCCUUGUGGGUGCUGUGUCUCCAUGUAUUUAACCUUGCUUGUUAGACAUGUAGUUUUCAUGGUAUGGCAAAACGCCUGGUGACAUUUGGAAGCAACCCUGCUUAGUUUCGUUCACUGUUAGAUACCAGUAUAUUUGAUUGCUUCCAGGCCAUGUUAUCAUUGUUCACUGUGUUGGUACUACAAAAUCUCUUUGCCAUCCCAAAGCCCCCAGGGGCAAUAUGUGCCAAUAGGCAAUCCCUCUGCCUCGUUCACGUGCACACACAGCCAUAUACACACGUUCCUAGCCUCAUGUCAUAGAAUGCUGGCUAGGAACUGCCUGAAUUUCUAAACAAAGGAACAGUAUGAAUUGGAAUAGCUCUAAUAGAUGCCAAUUUCCAUGAAAACUUACCAAAGCCUAAAAAGACAAAACGUUGUGAACCAAGCUUAGACUCCUUCUGCAUGGUGAGGGGUUCAUUACUGAAGUAUGAUCCUUAGGGAUGGCAUGUAAUGGAACUUUGGCAUCUUCCAAAACAAUUAAAGUGCAAGGCCUUGGAUCCAUCCCUUGGCGGUGGACUCAGGAAACCAAUAAAUGCCUUCUUCCAGCUCCCAACCAGUCCUCCCACAGCAUCUGAAUGAAAGCGGUUGGCUUUGACUUUAGUCUGAACUUCAUAUUGCUUCAAUGAUUUCUCCCCAUCUGCCUUCACAGAAGAGGGAUGUUACUGCCUUAAUGGAAAAUUAAGAUAAAAUAAUAUUAACUUCCUUUCCAAAUAAAAUGUUGCAAAUUCUGA